AUGGCCCGAAACUGUAAACAAAGCCUGAUGAAGGCCUGGUCCACGGUCACCCUUCUCUAUACAUCAGGCCACAAGACGGGCUGGAGAUACGUUCUCCUCCACCUCCUCGUCUGCUUCGCCGUCAGCUUGCUCCUCAGCCUCCUCCUCCACACAAUUUUGUUUUUCUCCUUCAAGAAUGACAUGGUGGUGUCUGGAGGUAUCACAGCUGGAUGUGCCAUUGCCGUAACCACCGCUCUCUUCCUCUCCAGACGCGUCCGCUGCUUUGCGCUUCUCUUUCUCGUCGCUUGUGCCAUGAGACAAGGGCGGAAUCUCCUCCUGAUGGCCGGGACAAGCUUGGUCAUUUUUUGGAACAUGAAGAACACCUACCAAAACCUUCAGAAGAUUGCCCAGAGCCUGCUGUGCAACAUCCAGAAGAAGAAAGAACUUCUAGACGUCAGUCCCCUUGACAACUAUGUGCGUAUGCUCAAGUGGAUCAAGAAACAGUUAAAAGAUUUCUCAGAUCUUGGCGUUGUCAAGUUUGAAACAGAUCUACGUGUCUGGCCUGAACUACGGUCCAAGGAAACUCGAGAGAAACUUGAGAAAGCAAAGGAAACUAUGAAAGAAAUCGAAAAGAAUGUUCAAAACAGCUUUGAUGUGGUUCUGUCUGUUGGCGAGAAAAUAUUACCAUUCAUGGGGAUCAUUUUGGUUUUGAUUGUCACUACGCUCUUCCUCAAGAGAUUCGCGCACAACAAGAAAUACAAAAAUAAGUUCAUCACAAGGAAAUUCGUGGAGUAUGAUGAGCGACAGAAAGCUGAAGGGAAACCUCAUGUUCUCCCACUAACCAAAAAAGAGGCCAAGCGCUACAUCACUAUUCCUUCAGCAAACCUGAGGACCGGGGAAGUGUCCACCAUGGUGACGUUCUUCGUCCCUGUAGGAAUCCAGGUUCUUACCUGGCUGUUCCUCAUAGGGCUGGAUGGACUUCUCUACUGGAUCAUCAUCACCCUCAACAAACACCUGGCUGAGUUGGAGCCUUUUAGCAUUCCCAUUAAGAUGACCGCUAAUAGCGAGAGCAAAUUUCUUGGCAUUCACGUGUCAGGAAAUACUAAGGUGGCAGAUUUCUCCUACUCCGUGUCCCUGUUUGAGAAGGAAUGCGUUCCCGAACCCACCCUCAUGCUUUCUAAUUCGGUGAUUCCGGUGUCCAUGAUCGCGGUCGUCUUGGUGAUCCUUGGCUUGUUGUCUUCGAAGCUUGUCCAGCUUCAGUCGCUUGUGUCAGAGGAGUUUUAUACUGACAGCGCCAGCGAGAGGGUGGAACACCUUCAUGCCAAAAUUGUCCGCAAGAGGUCGAGGAAACCGCUCAGAGCCCUGAAGAACACUCUCAUGAGUUUUGGAAAAAAUAAGAAAUUCUGGUUUCCAAUACUGUAUCGCACCAAAAAGGAGGAACAUCUACAACUCUCCUGA